AAAAAGCUACUCACCCACCGGUAAUUUUCGUUAAAAGCUUUCUCUAAGAAAAGAAGAUAUAAAUUUGCCCUUGAUUUGACACUCGUCGUCUAUCAGUCGUAGAGUGAAGUUGUGCAUUUUGUCGGUUCUAUAUUUUUGUGAAUUUGUUUAAAAACAAUAAAUCAUCAUGUCGAAAAUUGGUAUUAACGGAUUCGGACGUAUCGGACGCUUGGUCCUUCGUGCCGCCAUCUUAAAGGGUGCCACCGUUGUAGCUGUCAACGAUCCCUUCAUUGAUGUCAACUACAUGGUUUACUUGUUCAAAUUCGAUUCAACCCACGGUCGCUUCAAGGGAACCGUUACCGCCGAAGGUGGCUGCUUGGUCGUCAACGGACAGAAGAUCACCGUCUUCAGCGAACGAGACCCCAAGGACAUCAAAUGGGCCAGCGCUGGCGCUGAAUACAUUGUCGAAUCGACUGGUGUCUUCACAACCAUUGAAAAGGCUUCAGUUCAUUUGAACGGUGGUGCCAAGAAGGUCAUCAUCUCUGCCCCAUCAGCCGACGCACCCAUGUUCGUGUGCGGAGUCAACUUGGAUGCUUACGAUCCAUCAAUGAAGGUUGUCUCCAACGCCAGUUGCACCACCAACUGCUUGGCUCCAUUGGCCAAGGUCAUCAACGACAACUUUGAAAUUGUUGAAGGUCUGAUGACAACUGUUCACGCAACCACCGCCACCCAAAAGACCGUCGAUGGUCCAUCUGGCAAGUUGUGGCGUGAUGGUCGUGGUGCUGCCCAGAACAUCAUCCCAGCUGCUACUGGUGCUGCUAAGGCUGUCGGCAAAGUCAUUCCAGCCUUGAAUGGCAAACUUACUGGCAUGGCCUUCCGUGUCCCAACCGCCAACGUAUCCGUCGUCGAUUUGACUGUCCGUUUGGGCAAACCAGCCUCAUACGAAGCCAUCAAGCAGAAGGUUAAGGAAGCUGCCGAAGGUCCCCUCAAGGGAAUCCUCGACUACACCGAGGAGGAAGUUGUCUCAUCUGAUUUCAUCAGUGACAACCACUCUUCCAUCUUUGAUGCCAAGGCCGGUAUCUCAUUGAACGACAACUUCGUCAAACUCAUUUCAUGGUACGACAACGAGUUCGGUUACUCCAACCGUGUCAUUGACUUGAUCAAGCACAUGCAAAGCAAGGAUUAAAUAUGUCCCUUGGGAGAGAGAAAUAUAAACACACAAACAAACUCAGCAAAGAACGCCCCCACUACCAAUGCGCUCUCAUUUAAAUUAUAAAAUUCAAUUUUAAUACACACCAUUGUUAAGUUACAAACAAAAAUAUUUUAAAAAUAAUCCGUUACGAGUUGCAAAGCGUUGAGUAUAAUUAAAAAAUUAAUAUUAUAUUACAACACCAAGUGUAAAAUGAUAAAAUUAAAAUAACUUGUAGAAGAUACGUUUUAAGUUUCUGAUCAUCGGAAAUAAAUUAUGUGUCGUAAGGUAAAAUGAA